AAGUCGAGCCAUUUGAAAUACACAGUGGUCUUUGAGACUGUGAAGGAACUUCUGCCGAACACAGACACAGGAACAGUAAGAGUCAUGUCCAAAAACGCUCAUCAAGCUCCUCGUCUAAAUCUCGCGGAACUUACUGCCAAGCAGUUCACUGACAUCUGGAAUCACUUCGAUAGCGAUGGUAAUGGCUAUAUUGAGGGGAAAGAGCUGGAGAAUUUUUUCCGGGAGUUGGAGACGGCACGUAAAGGGCUAAACGCGGGCCCUGCCAAUGCUGCAUUCAGACAGAAGAUACAGGAGCUCAUGCAUAAAUUUGACCAGAAUGCGGAUGGCAGGAUUGAGAUGUCAGAGCUGGCUCAGAUCCUGCCUACAGAAGAGAACUUUCUCCUAUUUUUUAGACAGUUUGUGGGAUCUAGUGUUGAAUUCAUGGUGGCAUGGAGAAAAUAUGACACUCACCGCAGUGGCUAUAUUGAAUCCAAUGAACUAAAGAGCUUCCUCUCUGAUCUCUUGAAAAAAGCUAAUAGACACUAUGAGGACAAGAAACUGAAUGAGUACACCCAGACUAUACUAAAGAUGUUUGACCUGAAUGGGGAUGGAAAACUAGGACUGUCAGAGAUGGCCAGGUUACUCCCAAUGCAAGAGAACUUCCUGCUCAAAUUUCAGAGCUUUAAAUUGUCUUCUGAUGAGUUUGGUGAGAUAUUCACUUUCUAUGAUAAGGAUAGUAAUGGUUACAUUGAUGAAAAUGAAUUGGACGCUCUGCUGAGGGACCUCUACCAAAAGCACAAAAUGGAGGCUGAUAUACAAAGUUUGGCCAGUUCAAAGAAUUGCAUCAUGGCAUUGUCUGAUAGAGGAAAGCUCUUCCGUACUGAACUGGAGAUUUUGCUGUGCAAGGAGCCCUUUCUCUGAUUCCUGACCUCUAACUCUUGCUCUCUGACCUCAGAGCUUUACCCCACUCAUCCUUUUUCAUCCAAUCCUGGUGCAUGUCCUCACCUCACCUCACCACUUUCCUCUCCAGUCAGUGUAUCAAAUGUGCAAAGCUUUCUGAUCUCUGGGGCUUAUCUCUCCCUGAAAUGUGGCUUCCUGAUAUAUGCUUGUAUAGCUUGUAUUUUUGAAUAUUAGAACUAAUUGUGAUAGUACAGAAAUGGAUAUGUGUAGCUAGUUACUUAUUUGGUGAUAUAUGCUGUCUAAAUUAGUUUUCAUGAAAUCUCUUUUAGUUAAAUCCCCAUUCUGAAGUCCAGAGUGCCAAUGUUAGACAAUACUGUACUGGACACAGAUUAUGGUCCCGUCCUCCUAUGCUAUUUUGUUCUGUUUUUCUUUCUGUUGUCUCUUACUCUCUGUCUCUCUCUCUCUUUCUUUCACAACCCCUCCCCCUUACCCCACUUUGGGUUGAGAUAGAAUGCCUGAGCUGUAUUGUUGUUAUC